GAUCAAAGGUUGGUAGUGGUGGUGUAGCUGGAUAUUCAGAAACAAAUGUAGAUCGACGUGAACGUCUCCGAAAACUUGCAUUGGAAACAAUUGAUCUGAAUAAGGAUCCAUAUUUUAUGAAAAAUCAUCUUGGUUCUUAUGAGUGUAAACUUUGUUUAACUUUACACACUAAUGAGGGCAGUUAUCUUGCUCACACUCAAGCAAAAAUCAGUAGACCAGGUUACAAAGUGACAAAAGUGAGAGAUUUAAUCACCAGACAACUUGGUUUAUUGUUCCAAAUUCAGUACCCUGAAAUUGGAUUGGAUGUUAUACCUCGUCAUCGAUUCAUGUCAGCUUAUGAACAAAGAGUUGAGCCACCAAACAAAGCACAUCAAUAUUUGCUUUUUGCUGCUGAACCAUAUGAGACAAUUUCGUUUAAAGUUCAAAGUAAAGAAGUUGAUAAGGGCGAAGGAAAAUUCUUUACACACUGGGAUCCUGAUUCAAAACAGUUUUCAUUACAAUUCUUUUUCAAGAAUGAUAGACCAGGAAUGUACUCUGAAGGUGUUCCACCUGGAAUGGAAAGACCUCCUAUUGCGAAUCCAUUAAAUCCAUUUAAUGCACCAACUAUGCGUGGACCUACUUAUGUAUAG